AUUGUAAACAAACGUACUACAGAGUACAGGACAAGAAGACGCGGAGAUUGGGAUCCGCAUCAACUAUCAGACAAGAGAUCACUUCAAAGAUUUUAAUUUGUGUUUACAAAUUGACAAGAUCAUCAAUUAUACAGUAAAAAGACAUGACAACCAAGCCCACGGAUUGGAGACUCUGUCUUCCAGUAUUAUUGCUGCUAUGUUUACCGUUAUUUGAAUGUGGUUAUGUCAUUCUGGCAUCUAAGAAGUUUCGUCCGGGCUCAGACUACAAAGUGUUAAUAAGUAUUGAAGGAGCAUCAAGUAAUGUGGCGAUAACAAGCACAUUAAAAAGUAAAGCAACAGCAGGUGGCAGUACCAUGUUAGAAACAACUGCAAUUGGUGUCAGUGGACAGACAAGUACACUUACCUUCCAGAUACCCACUGAUGCAACAGAAGGAGCGUAUAGUUUAAAAGUUAUGGGUACCGGUGGAUUGACAUUCACCAAUGAAACGACAGUAGAACGAGAGAGUCAAAAUGCUCUUCUGCUUAUACAAACAGAUAAAGCUAUUUAUAAACCAAAUCAAGUCGUAAAGAUGCGAGUACUUGCUAUUGAUCCUGAUUAUAAAACUGUUAAUGGACCUAUGACAGUUUCUAUCACAGACAAGAACAACAACAAGUUAGAAGAAUUUAAAGAUGUUGUUGGGCAAAAUGGUGUUGUUCAACUUGAAUUUCCAAUCUCUGAUGAACCACCACUUGGUGACUGGACAAUCCAAGCUUCAAUGGGGGAUGCCAGUGAGAAUAAAAUAUUUAAAGUUGAUGAAUAUGUUCUACCCAAGUUUGAAGUAACAACAAUGACAGAACCUGGUUAUUUACUCUAUAAAAAGGGAGAACAACAAGAUCUUGUUGUUAAAGUUAAAGCUGUAUACACGUAUGGUAAAGAUGUUGUUGGAUCAGCUCGUGUAAAAGUUGUCAGUGAUACAACUAGUAUGGAGAAAACUGUAGAUAUUUCUGGUUCUGUUGAUGUAAAAUUCACGAUUGCCGAAUUAGUGGGGGAUGAUGUUUACAAUAAUUUUAGGUUCAGAAGAUCUUAUAUACAAAAAAAAGUCAGUAUCGGUGUAAAUGUUACAGCCCUGCCGACAAUGUUCAGUAUUACCGAUGAUACUAGUGUUAAGAUUUACUCAUAUUCGAAGAAGAUUCACCUUGAAACCUUCAACAACUUAAAUAUAUAUCAUCCUGGUAUGCCCAUCAAACUUCGGGUUAAAAUUACAGACCCCGAAGGAUUUCCAUUAACACAAUAUGGAAUGACUGUAGCUGUGUCAACCGGUAACACAAAGAAGAAUGUUACUAUAAAUGGUCCAGAGGGCUCGGUUGUUACAUUUGAAGAGUAUGAUGAUCAGUACGCUAAUUUUAAUGCGCAAAUUGAAGGUAGUUUAGAAGUUCAAAACAGCUUCUUAUCUUUACAAAAAUAUGCAUCAAUUGGCAGCUCAACAUUACAGAUAACGGAUUCUGAUGGAAAGACACUAAAGAAUUACGAUUUGGAUACUAAUACUGAAUUUUCAUUAACUGUAAAAACAAAAGGAUCCCUGACGUUGUUGUCCUAUUUGGUAAUUUCUAAAGGCAAGGUCAUAUCUAGUGUCAACCUUGACCCUACACAAUCUGAACAGUCUAUGACCUUUACACCUAAUAGUGCAAUGUCGCCAUUGGCAAAGUUGGUUGUCUAUGCAGUCACAGAUGAUAAAGCCCACGAACUAUUAGUAGAUGUUUAUGAUGUAGUAAUCAGUAAUGGAAUGAAGAAUAAGGUAUCUUUGACAUUUUCCAAGGCUAAGGAACGAGCAGGAAACGAUAUAGAUCUUUCUGUUACGUGUGAUGCCAAUUCUGAUGUUUACGUAUUAGGUGUCGAUAUGAGUGUUUCAUUACUUGCAGAAGGCAAUGACAUCACGCAAGGAUCAGUGGCAGACCGCUUCAGUGUAUUCACUGGCGAAGACAAAAAACAAGAUAAUUCUGAUGGUCAUCCUGACAUAAUGUUCCGAAGAAAAAGAAUGGUGCUGCCCAACGAUUAUGGUAGCGUAAAUGCUGCUCAUCUUCUAAAGGGUGCUGGACUAGUCUAUAUAACUGAUACAAAUCUAAUCGAAAUACAACAAAUUAUGUUCCCCAUCAAUGAAGUCUUCGCUGAUGGAGGAGUGAUGGACGAUUUCGCUGAUGGAGAAAUAAUGUUUAAAGGUGAUCAGGAAAUACAAAGGGAGUGCUGGACUAGUCUAUAUAACUGAUACAAAUCUAAUCGAAAUACAACAAAAUAUAUUCCCUGUGUUCAAUGCCGCUUUCGAAGGGGAAGGUGUAGUAAUGUUUAAAGGUCAACCAGACAUUCAAAUGGCAUCUGGAGUUGGAGGAGCCGUAGAGAAAGAAUUGUCACCUAUAACACAUGUUCGUAAAUUCUUCCCCGAGACCUGGCUGUGGGAGAAUGGCCCUUCAGGUGCAUCUGGUGAGUACAAGAUCACAAGUAAAGUUCCUGAUACCAUAACCACAUGGCAUGCUACUGCUUUCUCCAUCAGUCCUGUCAAUGGCUUGGGCAUCACAUCACAACCUGCUGAGUUGAUUGCCUUCCAACCAUUUUUUGUGUCUCUGAAUCUACCGUAUUCUAUCCGUCGUGGUGAAAACUUUGAACUGAUUUGUGGUGUGUAUAAUUACAUGGAAACAGAUGUUUCGGUUUUGGUAACCAUCGAGAGAUCAGACAAUUUUGGUGUCUUAUCCAGUAACAGUGUAGAGAAUGACUUCUUGAACAAGGAAAUGUCAGAAGAAAUCAUGGUCAGGAGUAAUACUGCUGGAAGUGUAUCUUUCCGUUUAAAACCAACCGUAAUAGGAGAUGUGGAAAUAUCAGUCAAAGCCCAACCUAGAGGAACCUCCGAACCUGGUGAUCAGGUCAAGCGAACAGUUAUCGUGAAGCCUGAAGGAUUUAAGAUUAGUAAUAAUACAGUAUUAAGUGUUGAUUUGAGUGAGAACCCUAGUUACAAAGAUAUUGUUGAUAUUUGGUAUCCUGAGAUGGUUGUUAGUGAUUCCAAGAGAGUUGAGGUCAAGGUCACAGGUGAUAUAAUGGGCCCUGUAUUGGAUGGCUUAGAGAGUUUGUUACAAGUACCAUACGGAUGCGGAGAGCAGAACAUGAUUGGUAUGGUACCAAAUAUCUUUGUAGCUUCAUAUUUAGAAAAAGUGGGUAAACUGACCAACGAGAUUAAAGAACGAGCUGUCAAGAACAUGAAGCGAGGUUAUCAGAGAGAAUUAAAAUACAAGCAUACAGAUGGAUCCUUUAGUGCUUUUGGCGAGAGUGACGAUUCUGGCAGUACUUGGUUGUCAGCUUUCGUAUUGAAGUCGUUGACUCAAGCCAGUAAAUAUAUUACGAUUGACCCUAAAAUACAGACGGGAAUAUUUACAUGGUUAUAUGAUAAUCUGGAAUCUGAUGGUCAGUUUAAUGAACCAGGACGUGUCAUUCAUCAAGAAAUGUUGGGUGGUGGAAGUAAAGGUCAUUUGUUAUCAGCAUAUGUUUUAAUUGCCAUCUUAGAGAGUGAGAGUUUUAUAGUUGAUAAAACUAAAUAUACUGUCGCUACAAGUAAAUCGAUUAAAUAUCUUGAAAAUUUGGUAGAUGGCAAUGAUAUCACCAAACCUUACGACAGAGCAAUCAUAGCCUAUGCUUUAACCUUAGCCAACAGUAAUAAAGCAGCAAUGUUACUCCAACAAUUAAAUGAUGGAGUGAAACCAUGGACAAAACCCACUUCACCCGACCCUGUUACAGUUGGUGAUGUUGCUAAACCCGAAGCAAUGAUGUACCAUCCUCCCCGUGCCACAUCUUCAGACGUAGAGACAUGGGCGUACGUAGUUCUGGCCUACACCAAGACCGGAAACGUUGCUUCUAGCAGAGACAUUAUCAAGUGGCUUAUGUCACAGCAAAACUCCAAGGGUGGUUUCCACUCUACUCAGGAUACAGUAGUUGGCUUACAGGCAUUAGCUAGUUUCGCCGAACUAAUGUCUAGUGGUGAUCUUGAUGUAACUCUUAACGUAAAAACAGGAAGCAAGGUUCAAACAUUUACAGUUAAUCCACAAAACUCCUUGUUACUUCAGUCUUACCAAUUACCUGAUGAUACAACACAGGUUGAAAUAUCCGCUACUGGCUCUGGUAUGAUAAUUGUAAAGGUCAUGUGGAGAUAUUAUACAAAGAAGUCUGUUCCAACCCUGUUGCCUAUUGAAGGUGCCAAUAAAGCACCCAUCGUACUGAAAGCUGGAACCCAGAAAAUCAACGACCAGACAACAAAUGUCCGGACUUGUGUCAGUUGUGAAGCUGAUAUUGGUAUGAGUAUUAUUCAGGUAGACAUGCCAUCUGGUCAUCUUCCCAACAACAUGGAACAAUUAAAUAAAAAUAAACUCGUUAAACGAUCAGAGUUUAAAGAUGAAUCCAUUACCAUCUAUCUAGAUCAGAUUCCAACAGCAGAGACAUGUUUUAAUGUAGAAUUGGUGCAGACUCAACAAGUUGAUAAUAUACAAGAUGCACCAGUCAAAGCUAUGGCGUAUUAUCAAACAGAAAUUGAAAGCUCGGUGAUGUACAAUAUCGUAAAACCAACCACCGAUUUCUGUAAAGAAUUUUGCAAAGAAGGCGGUUGUGCUGGUUGCCCGGGUAACAAGGCCGGUAGCUUGACAACAGCUAGUGUUAUGGCCGUAUCGUUGAUCUGUGUUCUACUGAGUUUUAUUUUUGCUGUUUAGAUAUUUUUAAGA